AUGUCAUCUGAAUCAAGUUACAACAACCAUAUUUCAACUUCCGACUCUUCCAAUUCUGAUGAUGUUGCCAAUUCUAAUCAAGCAAAUUAUAGAAGACGUUAUGAAAGACGUAGACAAGCAAAUCGUCUAAUGGAUCAGAUGAUGGAUGGCUUCAUAAUGGCCAAUCCAGCUGAUACAUACGCCGCGGUUAAUCAAGUUCCUAGGGCAUCAAGGACUCUAGUUCCAAGAGAUCGUGAAAGUGGACACGACCGCUUAUGGAGGGACUACUUUGCAGAUAAUCCGAUUUUCCCUCCAAAUUAUUUCCGUCGAAGAUUUCGCAUGCGAAAACAUGUCUUCCUCCGUAUAGUGGAAGUCUUAAUUACUCGUAAUGAAUUCUUCAAACAAAGGCCAGACGCCACCGGUAGACUUGGUGCUUCUGGAUUACAAAAGUGCACAGCAGCUAUACGAUUGUUAGCAUACGGCACAUCAGCUGAUUCAGUGGACGAUUAUCUACGAAUAAGUGCAUCUCUUGCAAGAGAUUCAUUGCAACAUUUUGUUGAAGGGGUUGUCUCCCACUUUGGUGAUGAAUAUCUGAGACGACCUACUGAAAUAGAUUUAAAUAGAUUAUUAUUUGCAGCUGAACAACGGGGAUUUCUAGGCAUGAUGGGUUGUAUUGAUUGCAUGCAUUGGCGGUGGAAAGUUUGCCCGACUCAAUUUAAAGGAAUGUAUUCUGGAAGACCUGGUAAGCCGACAUUGAUUCUAGAAGCCAUUGCCUCAUAUGAUUUGUGGUUCUGGCAUGCUUUCUUCGGAACACCAGGUAGGUGUAAUGAUAUUAAUGUUCUUGAUAGAUCUCCAUUCUUUAACGAUGUUUUUGAAGGUCGUGCACCUCCAGUUAACUAUGUUGUAAAUGAUCACCAAUACGAUAUGGGAUACUACCUCACCGACGGUAUAUAUCCUCGGUGGGCAGCUUUUAUACCCACAAGAAGGAAAGUCUUUUUGCCCAACGUCAAGAGGGUGUACGAAAAGAUGUGGAACGUGCAUUUGGAGUACUACAAGCUCAAUUUGCUAUAG